ACUUUGGACCUAAGAAACAAUCAUAUCAACGAAUUAAGUCCGUCAAUAAUUUACGGGAAUCUUUCCUGGGAAACUGUAGGGACCAACAUGGUAGCUGGUGGACUGCAAGUAUCAGGCAAUCCGCUCGAAUGCGACUGCGAGAUUGCAUGGCUGAGUUUGUGGCUACGUAGAUGGCUCAGAGAGUCUCGACAGAUUCACACAGCGUCGCAAUCCGAUGCCAGACAACUCAGGACCAUAGCCGGCCGAGCUGUGUGCACGGAGACAACUCCGUCUUACUCCUCUGACAAGGUCUUGCUGACUCUCGGCACGCCGCAUACCGCUUGCCAAGCGUCCGCUCUCAGCUCGGGAAAUUACGAACGACUGGCGACAGCCUGGUUGGCCUUCGUCAAAUUCUUCAUCCUCGUUUUCAUUGCCAAUUAAUUACGAAUUUAUACCAUGACAUUUCCUUGGGCCUAGUCUUCAAAGUUCACAACGUGAUCUUUUUUUAUGUAAGAUUUACCAAUAAAAGUAGUUAAAUAAUUAUGAGAAAA